AUGAAGACCGUCGCCUAUUUUGUCAAUUGGGCAAUCUACGGCCGCAACUACAACCCGCAAGACCUGCCCGCCGAGAAGCUCACCCAUGUGCUGUAUGCAUUUGGCAAUGUUCGCCCAGAAAGUGGAGAAGUGUACUUGACCGAUACCUGGUCCGAUAUCGAGAAGCACUACAAUGGCGACUCGUGGAAUGAUGUCGGCACCAAUGUCUAUGGCUGUAUCAAGCAGCUCUUCCUGCUCAAGAAGCGCAACCGCAAGCUGAAGGUCCUGCUGUCUAUCGGCGGUUGGACCUACUCGGGCAACUUUGCGCAGCCGGCUAGUACGGACCAGGGUCGGGCGCGAUUUGCAGACUCGGCGACGCGGCUGGUGCUUGAUUUGGGACUUGAUGGAAUUGAUAUUGAUUGGGAGUACCCCAAAGAUGAACACGAGGCCGAGAACCUGGUUGCUUUGCUCCGACACUGCCGCGAAUCCCUCGAUCGAGCCGCAGGUCCCGACCGCCAUUUCUACCUGACCAUCGCGUGUCCUGCCGGACCCAGCAACUUUGAGAAACUCAAGCUCUCCGAGAUGACGCCGCUGCUGGACUUCUACAACCUGAUGUCGUACGACUACGCCGGCAGCUGGGACAGCACGGCAGGCCACCAAUCGAAUAUCUACCCGUCGCAUGCCAACCCCUCCUCGACGCCCUACUCGACUGUCGCCGCCCUGAAUCACUACAUCAACGUCGGCGGCGUGCCCGCGUCCAAGAUGGUUGUCGGCAUGCCGCUGUACGGCCGCGCCUUCACCAACACCAACGGGCCCGGCACGCCGUUCUCCGGCGUUGGUCCCGGUAGCUGGGAGAAUGGCGUCUGGGACUACAAGGCGUUGCCGCGCCCCGGUGCCGGCGAGUAUACCGAUUCUGAGGCUACCGCGUCCUGGAGCUAUGAUAGUGGUGCUCGCACAAUGGUCUCCUACGACUCUGUCCCCAUUGUCCGAAUGAAGGCGAGUUUUAUUCAGCAGCGCCAGCUCGGUGGGGGCAUGUGGUGGGAGACCAGUGGUGACAAGGGUGGUCGGGCGGGCAAUCCGUCUGACGGGAGUUUGAUUGGCAAUUUUGUGGAGGCCGUUGGCGGCGAGGGUGCUUUGGAUCAGACGGCUAACGCCGUCAAUUACCCGGAGAGCAAGUAUGAUAACUUGCGGGCGGGCUUCCCGGGUCAGUAG